AUGCUUCCCGCCUUGGGCCUCCUGGCGGCCUUGGCGGUGGUCAUCCCCGCCCUGUACACGUACGCCGUCCGCGCCGCGCAGACCCGGCUGCCGGCCCUGCGCAACAAGCGCAUCUGCCUGCUCAUCGCCCACCCCGACGACGAGGCCAUGUUCUUCGCCCCGACGGUGCUGGCCCUCACCCGCCCGGCGACCGGGAACCACGUCAAGAUCCUGUGCCUGAGCUCCGGCGACGCCGACGGCCUCGGCGAGGUGCGCAAGAAGGAGCUCGUCAAGAGCGGCCUGCAUCUGGGCCUGCGAGACGCCGACGACGUCUUUAUCGUCGACAACCCUGCCGACUUCCCCGACUCCAUGACCCAGGCGUGGGACGAGGGCAAAAUCUCGGACCUCCUGCGCAGCGCCUUUGCGCCGCAGCUCGGCCGGCCGGCCGGCGACGCGGCGGCCCCCCCCUCGGCCAGCAUCGACGUCCUCGUCACCUUUGACGCCGCCGGCGUCUCGGCGCACCCCAACCACGUCGCCCUGUACCACGGCGCCCGGGCCUUUGUCCGCGCCCUCGCGCGCCGCCGCGCCUGCCCCCUCGCCCUCUACACCCUCACCUCGGUCGGCCUGCUGCGCAAGUACGCGGGCCUGCUGGACGUCUUUGCCACCCUGGGCGCGUGGGCCGCCGCCGCCGCCGCCGCCGCCGUCCAGCCGCAGCACCCGCUCGACGCCGCCCACCCGCCGCGCCUGGUCCUGAUGAACCGCCUGGUCGACCGGCCGGGCCUGCCGGGCCUGCCGACCGCCUGGCGCGCCAUGACCCGCGCGCACACGAGCCAGAUGGUGUGGUUCCGCUACCUGUGGAUCGGGCUGAGCCGCUACAUGCUCAUCAACGACUUGCGGCUGGAAAACGUCGACGGCCAAUGA